UCCACUGUCAGACUCGCCUCCGUAUCCAGAAACGCACAGAGGAGUUUAAAUUACAGAGCAGACAAAAAAAAAAAAAAAAGUGUGCGGACACUUUCUUAAAGCAUAGCAGUGCUCUGAGCCACCUUGGAUCUUUUCUGUGGCGCAUUCCAUGAUGGAUGUGGCUGAUCAACCUCGGUGGAUGCACCACCACGCUGUGCUGAACGCACAGCACCCGGACCCGCACCACCCGGGCCUGACGCACGGCUACAUGGAGCCCUCGGCGCAGCUUCUGCCCCCGGACGAAGUGGACGUGUUCUUUAACCACCUGGACUCGCAGGGGAACCCGUACUACCACAACCCCGCCAGGGCCAGAGUGUCCUACAGCCAAGCCCACGCCCGUCUGACAGGGACUCAGGUAUGUCGGCCUCACCUGAUCCACAGUCCUGGGAUCUCGUGGCUGGACGGCGGGAAGGCGGCCCUGUCGGCUCACCAGCACAAUGCCUGGGCCGUCAGUCCGUUCAGCAAACCGAGUCUGCACCACGCCGGCUCCGCGUCCCCCGGCGGCCUCUCCGCCGUCUACCCGUGCGGCAGCAGCAGCAGCUCCAACACGAUCUCUGCAUCCCCGCUCACACCGCCGUCCCACUCCGGCCAGCACCCGUACACUUUCCCUCCCACACCGCCGAAGGACAUGUCCCCGGACCUCGGAGCCGCGUCUCCUUCCUCCUCUGAGAAGGACUCUCUCAAAUACCAAGUGGCCAUACCAGAGGGGAUGAAGAUGGAGGGUUCCAGCCCGCUGAGGAGCACACUGGCCUCCAUGAGCGCUCAGACAGCAUCCACCCACCAUCCCAUACCCACGUACCCCACGUAUCCGCUCCCCGCGGCGCACGAGUACGGCGGCAGCCUGUUCCACCCGGGCAGCCUGCUGGGUGCGUCAUCCGGAUUCAGCACCAAGACCAAAGGCAUGAAAACGCGUUCCUGCACCGAGGGUCGUGAAUGUGUGAACUGUGGGGCCACCUCGACACCGCUGUGGAGACGGGACAGCACCGGGCACUACCUGUGCAACGCCUGUGGACUGUACCACAAAAUGAACGGCCAGAACAGACCACUCAUCAAACCCAAGCGCAGGCUGUCUGCAGCCAGACGAGCAGGUACCUGUUGUGCUAACUGUCAGACAACCACCACCACACUGUGGCGGCGAAAUGCAAACGGAGACCCCGUGUGCAAUGCCUGUGGACUUUACUAUAAACUGCAUAAUGUGAACAGGCCUCUGACCAUGAAGAAAGAAGGAAUACAGACACGUAACCGAAAAAUGUCCAACAAAUCUAAAAAGAGCAAGCGGUGCAGCGAGGGCUUCGAGGAGUUUUCCAAAAGCAUUCAUGACAAGAACUCUCACUUUAGUGCUGUCUCCUUGGCUGGCCACAUGUCCAUGGGCCACUUGCCCCCUUUCAGCCAUGCUGGACACAUGCUCCCUACACCCACUCCCCUCCACCCAUCGUUUGGACACCCACACCACUCGAACAUGGUGACGGCCAUGGGCUGAGAGUGAAAGGAAACUCGAGAAGGUUACAUAAUCUGACAGGGGACCAGGGUGUCACUAGAGGAUAGUGUGCACCUGUUUGUCUCACGAUAUGCCAGUGGUGUGUUUAAGGACAGAUAAAUUGUGGGAGGAAAGGUUCUUUUACAGCUUAGGUACCUGGAAGAUGACAGCUGGUCUCCUUCUUGUCUCCUGGCAUGCACAUACAUAUAAUGACCAUGACGUUUUACCUCACAGUUUUGCUCACAAUCUCCAAACUGACAUUCUGUCUCAAUGUGCACGUGUAUGUGCUCAAAAGGUUUGUAGUAACUGUGAAUACUGUAAAUAUGUACGAAAAAAGAGGAUGAUCAACGUCCCUUCACAACAUUCAGUAAGUAUAUGCUGGAUUUUUUUUCUCAUGAAAAGUUUAAAGAAAUAUUGACCAAAUAAACAAGCAAAGAAAGAUUUAUAUGUCUUAAUUUGAAAUUGUUAUUAUAAUUGUUGGUAUAAUUAUUGUUGUUAUUGUUAUUCAGAUAAUUUAUUUUCACUAUCUUUUUCUUCUACUACUAUAUCACCAGAUACUGCUAUCCCAUGUAGGAAUAUAUUUUUAGCUGAAGUGCUUUUUCCGGGCUGGUCAACAUUUAUACACAUAAGGAAUAAAGAAAUUGAGUUAACAAUC